AUGUCCAUGGCCCUGAAGCAAGUCUUCAACAAGGACAGGACAUUCCGGCCGAAGCGUAAGUUUGAGCCCGGGACACAGCGCUUCGAGCUGCACAAGAAGGCCCAGGCGUCUCUGAAUGCAGGCCUGGACCUGAAGCAGGCGGUGGCACUGCCCCAUGGAGAGGACCUGAAUGACUGGGUGGCCGUGCACGUCGUGGACUUCUUCAACCGCAUCAACCUCAUCUACGGCACCAUCAGCGACUCCUGCACCGACCAGACCUGCCCAGUCAUGUCCGGAGGGCCCAAGUACGAGUACCGCUGGCAGGACGAGCACAAGUACAAGAAGCCCACAGCCGUUCCAGCCCCAAAGUACAUGAGCCUGCUGAUGGACUGGAUUGAGGUACAGAUCAACAACGAACACAUCUUCCCCACCAACGUCGGUACUCCCUUCCCCAAGACCUUCAUGCAGGUAGCUAAGAAGAUUUUGUCUCGCUUGUUCCGUGUGUUCGUCCACGUCUACAUCCACCACUUUGAUCGUGUGAGCCAGAUGGGUGCAGAGGCCCACGUCAACACCUGUUACAAACACUUCUACUACUUUGUAACAGAGUUCAACCUCACAGACCAUAAGGAGCUCGAGCCACUGAAAGAGAUGACAUCACAGAUGUGCCACUAAGGGAGCGCCACUGACCACUUGACACAUUCCCCCUUGAAGACUAGUUCCGUCCAUGUAGAAGAAUGAAACAGGAAACGUAAACCAAAUCUAAAAGAGUCUUUAUUUUUAUAAACAAGUACUGUAAUCUAUUUUAACCAUGUAGGUCUUUUUAACCAGGAACCUUGUAAGGCAUUCUGUUCCUUUUAAUGUUUUGAGCAUUUUAUCAGAGCACAGUAUUAAGAUAUCUUUCUUUUUUAAUUUGAAGCUGAAUCAUUCCUGUCAUUUAGUUGUUCUCAUAUCUUAAAAUAAUAUAUGUAUGGUUGUACAUAUCUAAGAUUGUAGUAUGUAGUGACAUUAAACAUACUCACUCUA